AAAUAAUGAAAAGAAUUUUGAGUUUAUUUAGAUUUGGAUCAGGUGGACAUGGUCAUCAACAUGUUAAAUUAAACACAGUCUAAAAUUGGAUAUCAAAUGAUGGAGGUAAAUUAGUUGGAAUUACUGGCUUUUCUGAUCUUCAUGAUCAUCCUCAUCAUGAUAAUACAAACCCAUAUCAACAUCUAGUAGAUGCUCCAUUUUUCAGGUUUAUUUUUUUAUAUAUAUUUUAGUUUUGAGAGAUUCUAUUGGUGUGAUCCAUAUUUCCAUGCUGAUGAAACUGAUCCUUUAGCUAAUUAACCACAUGGUUAUUUAUUUAUGGAUGAUGUAAAAUUUUGUAUAUAUCUUUAAGCCCCUCACACAAGAAAAUAAUGUUGAAUUACCACUUUAUGAAUUGAUUUUUGUAUUUACUGGAGCACUUGUAUGAAUAAUAACCUUAAUCUGUAGGGUUUAAUCAUUUUGUAUGGCCAUAAUAAUCUCCUUAAUUAAAGCAAGGGUGAAUAAUUCCUAUAAACACAUAUCACAAGAGAACUCUUAGAGGAAGAAGUUAGAAAGAUUAGAGAAGAGACAUCUUAACUCGAGUAAAGAAAAUUAAAACUACAAGAAUUAUUGGGUUAAAACUCUUGACCAUUUAAAUAAAUCAUAUUCAUAUAAUACAUUACAAAAAUAUUACAGCAGAU